AUGUUAGAAUCCAUUGCUUCAGUCUCCACGGAAACGAAACGAAACGAAACGAAAACUGGACAACAGAAAACCAGCUGUUAUGGUUGCUCCAAUCCUCGAACCGCUCCUCGGUGGCUAGUUAUGAGCAGGAUCAGACCUUCCUUCAGCCCUCCGAAACCAUCACUGCCACAGCGCACGCUGCAUAAGCUCACCACGGCUACUGCCACGGCCACCGCUACCACCACCAAGUCAUUCAACACUAUCAUCAAUCGUCUUUCAGCUGAAGGCGCCCACUAUGAAGUUCUUCUCACAUACUUAUCCAUGCUCAACUCCAACACUCCUGCAGAUGCCUAUACCUUCCCUAGUCUCCUCAAAGCCUGCACUUCCCUCGAGCUACCCAACCACGGCCUUCUGUUACACCAACGCCUAAUUGUUAGUGGCUACUCUUUUGAUUCCUACAUUGGGUCUUCUUUGAUCAAUUUAUAUGCGAAAUUUGGGCACAUCAAUCAUGCCCGCCAAGUGUUCGACUUGAUGCCCCACAGAAAUGUUGUUCCUUGGACUGCCAUUAUUGGCUGUUAUUCGCGAGUGGGCGAUGUUAGUGUUGCCUUCUCUAUGUAUGAUAGCAUGCGACAGGGAGGAGUUCAGCCGAGUUCUGUUACCAUCUUGGGCUUGCUUUGUGGAGUUUCGGAGUUGAUCCAUGUGCAGUGUUUGCAUGCUUGUUCAAUUCAAUAUGGUUUUGAGUUUGAUAUACCUCUGUUGAAUUCUUUGUUAAAUGUGUACUGUAUAUGCAGAAGAAUUGACGAAGCCAGGAGCUUGUUUGAAUCGAUGGAUCUAAAAGAUACAGUUUCGUGGAAUUCAUUGAUCUCCGGGUAUGCUCGGAUUGGGUGUUUUAGGGAAAUAGUUCAGCUUUGGUACAGAAUGAGAAUUGGAGGUGUGGAGCCUGACAAGCAGACGUUUGGCUCAUUGGUGUCUGUGGCUGCAGCAGAUUGUCGGCUUGAGGUGGGCAAGUUAGUGCAUGGGCUGGUCUUAACAGCCGAUUUUGAGUUGGAUGCACAUGUUGAAGCAUCACUCAUAGGUAUGUACUUAAGAUGUGGGAGUGUUGACGAUGCAUUCCGAAUAUUCGAACGAGCUCCUGAUAAGGAUGUGAUCUUGUGGACUGCAAUGAUCUCAGGGCUAGUACAGAAUGAAUGUGCAGACAAGGCACUAAGAGUUUUCCAUUGUAUGGUGAAAUCUGGCAUGAUACUAUCUACUGCAACCAUUGCUAGUUCUCUUGCUGCUUGUGCACAAUUGGGUUCCUUCAAAGAAGGAACCUCAAUUCAUGGCUACAUAUUAAGGCAUAGCAUGCUAGUGGAUGUUGCUGCCCACAAUUCUCUUAUUACCAUGUAUGCAAAGUGUGGUUAUUUGGCACAAAGUUGUGUUGUCUUUGAUAGGAUGCAUGAGAGGGACGUGGUUACCUGGAAUGCAAUAGUUGCUGGUUAUGCCCAGAAUGGUGACUUGUGUGAGGCUUUGUUCCUCUUCCAUGAAAUGAGGAAAACCCUUCAAAGACCUGACUCUUUAACUGUUGUUUCUCUUCUCCAAGCUUGUGCUUCCACUGGGGCACUUCAUCAGGGGAAGCGCAUUCAUACUUUUCUGGUUAAAAGUUGUCUUGGACAAUGCCUUUUGGUUGACACAGCCUUAGUUGACAUGUAUUGUAAAUGUGGUAACUUAGAAGCUGCUCAGAAGUGUUUUGAUGGGAUGUCACACCCGGAUGUGGUAUCAUGGAGCGCAAUUAUUGCAGGAUAUGGCAAUCAUGGAAAAGGGGAGACUGCUUUAAAGAUAUACUCCGAGUUUCUGCAGACAGGUAUUAAGCCAAAUGAUGUCAUUUUCCUCUCUGUUCUCUCUGCUUGCAGUCAUAAUGGACUUGUCCUACAGGGUUUGAGCUUAUUCCAGUCUAUGACACAAGAUUUUGGGAUUGAACCAACACUUGAGCACCGUGCUUGCAUUGUUGAUCUUCUUGCACGAGCUGGAAGAGUACAAGAGGCAUUUAAAUUCUUCAAGAGGAUGUUUCCAGAGCCUGCAAUUGAUGUUCUAGGCAUACUUGUUGAUGCUUGUCGAACCAGUGGUAAUGAAGAACUUGGGGAGGUUAUCACCAGAGAGAUCCUCAUGUUGAAGCCCGUGAGUGCUGGAAACUAUGUGCAACUGGCACAUAGCUAUGCUUCAAUGGGCAGAUGGGAUGGUGUCGGGAAAGCAUUGAUGCAAAUGAAGUCUCUUGGCUUGAAGAAACUCCCUGGCUGGAGUUCUAUUGAGCUACAAGGGAUGACUACGACAUUCUUUAUGGCACACAAUUCACAUCCUCAAUAUGAAGACUUCAUGCUGGUGUUGAAACUGUUGGGCGGGGAAACGAAAGCAGUGGGCACAAACCUCCAAACCUGCCAAAUUCACAAUAUAUCCUGAAAAACAUUCUUAUUGGGAACUAGGUUCAGCAAGUUAAGAAUAUUGAAUGUAUUUCAAGAUGUGAUUGGCUGUUCUUGAAGAGAUGGUAGUGAUGGAAAAAGCGUGCAUGGGUUGAAGAGGUUCAAGAACUUACUGUUAAUGUCGUUCAGAUAUUUUUGGAUGCUUGAUGCGGCAAUGGACUUGUGAUUGUGACAAUCUUGGAACUACCAUUGAAACUAACUCAUGAAGCUUGAAUUUGCAGAUGGGAUGUGUGGCUGAAGCACGAGUCCAAUUGAGAUUCUUCGACCUAAAAGAAUCCGAAGGCUUGAGUUCAAUCAAAUGAAGGGGGACAAAUAUGACAGCAUUAUUUACGGAUAACUGUUCACGUACACCCCACGGAAACCUUUGCUGAAUGUUUUUGGGCUCUCAUAUAUGCCAUAUCUAGGUCAGCUAAAUAAUGGAUGGAUCCUAGAGACAAGAGUGUAGAUGCCGGAGGGGGUAAUAACUUGGGAGCUUCCAGCGAGGAUGACAUUGAUACCUCUAUAGUGCUACGAGGUAUAGCCCAACAAGUUAUGGAAGAGAUUAAGCGGGACUCCAAGAGAUAGAACUGCCCACCUGUGAACCAUGGCUGCUCUAUCGAGCAAUUUACUCGCCUAAAACCCUCUACUUUUGCGGGAGGUGCUAACCCAAUCAUGGUUGAGAAUUGGGUGCAGGAGAUGGAGAAAAUACUAACAGUGCUGUGUUGCACUGAUGAGGAGAAGGUUCUCUAUGCCACCUUUAAGUUGACAGGAGAGGCCGAGCAGUGGUGGCUAGCAUUGAAGCUACUGGAGGAGCAGCGGGUAGUACCCGCAGUUAUGACCUGGAGUCAUUUCAAGAAGGUCUUCUUCAACCAAUACUUCCUCGCCACCACCAGAGAUGCAAAGGCGAAGGAAUUUCUGAACCUGACCUAGAGACACCUCAUCGUUCAGCAAUACGCUGCUAGGUUCGUGGAGCUGUCUCGCUUCGCCCCAUACAUGGUCCUAGAUGAAUCCAAAAAGGCGCGGAGGUUUGAGAGGGGCCUAAAACAGAGGAUCCACGAGCAGGUGGUAGUCUUGUAGGUACAGAAUUUCUCGGAGCUAGUGGAUAAGGCACCGUAUUUAGAGUUGAGCUUGUAGAGAGGUGCAGAGAUGUCAUAUUAGAGGAAGAGACCCAUGCCUCCUAGCUUUCAUGCGGAUGUCAGACAAGGUUCAUGGAGGGGAGAUGGUGAUACUGUGGGCCAGAGACCAGAUAGGGAUGAUCGAGGCUAUCGGGGUAAUUCAUCAUGCCCUCACUGUGCUAGAUGUAAUCAGAAGCAUUGGGGAGAAUGUCGGGGUGGGGGUACUGUGUGCUAUUGGUGCGGCAAGUAUGGCCAUAUAGCUCGAGAUUGUUGUGAGCUGCCGAACAAUACACCCACCUCUGAUCAGAACCAGGGGAACAAUCAAGCAUCUCAAGGUGGCCAGACGCGUAUUUAUACACUUACCCCGACUGAAGCAGAUAUUGCUGGUGGCGCGGCAGUAGGACCUUCUGGUGAUCGAGCUUAGCCAGCUCUAGGACAGAGUUGGAUAGUUUAGAAUAGUCUAGAGCUUUCAUACACUGGCUGUAUUUUUCUUCUCAGCUGCUGCCAGUAAUGGAUAAUGAGACUGCCAACGCGUCUGUCAUGCAGAUGGUUAAAGCAGUUCCUUGUGUUUCAAGAUGCUUCAAAAAGUGGAUGUUCUGAUGCGGUGGAUGUCCUAUUAGUAUAUGGUGGACAACAUACAGUCUUUCAAGACGCAAAGUGGUUAGUUAUUGACUAAAUUAUAUUUGGGAUUGGCAGCCAUAAAACUAGAAUCUAAAGAUUCUUUGAUUAGAUUGUUAACUUGGUCUACCAGUAACCAAAAAGCUUAGUGGCCGAGUAAUGUGCUAUCCAUUGGGAAUUAAUUCGUGGAUAAAAGCCUGUCUUCUGCAGAUUUAUUCUUUAGGUGUACAUAUUGGUAUGAGAAUGUAACUUAAUCAUGGGGGUAUGACACAUUCCAUAAUCUCGAUUGAUCCAAUUUCUUUGAUAAUUUAAUUUCCACUUCUCUUUGUUUCU